AUGGCCCGACAGUCCGGUCGUUCAAAUCAGAACAUAUUCCAGGGGAUGAUCAUCUGUCACAUUGUACAGAAGAUGCUGACAGCUAAGUACAAGGGUCUUGCUUCAGCUGGAUAUCAACGCUGCCGGGUACCUGGUGACUGGGUUGAGAGGCGGGAUGAGACUCGUGUCAAGCCUGCAGUAUGCAUCGGAGAUGAUAAAAUAAAAGCCGGAGAGGGGGAAGAUCAAGAAUCUAGUUUGAUUUGA